AUGAUCUCUUCCAUUAUGACCAUUACUGCCCGCGUCGCCGUCACUGGCUUUCUUACAGUCUCUUGCUUCAAACGGACUGUCGUCGACAAUACCGCUCAGGUCCUGUCCGAAGCAGAGAAGGUUUCUGCUGGCCUCAUCGCAUACUCUGUCUGCAUGUCGACCAUCACGCUUGUUCUCGCCGCCGACGCAGCUGCACAGAGGAUUCUCAGCAAGGACGCCAAGGACAUGCCCGCCGCUCCGAAGGACGCCGACGCCGACUUUAGUCCUCCAUCCCAUAAUGACAACACCGCCUCCGCUACACCUAAUACUGUCGAACUACAUCAUUUGCAGCCAUCUUCAUCUUCGCCUCCAUCUCCUUCGCGUUUAAUCGAAUCACAGCCAUCUCCAGCUCCAUCAUCAUUGCGUUUAAUCGAACCACAGCCACCUCCGUCUCCAUCAUCGCGUUUAAUCGAAUCGCAGCCAUCUCCGUCUCCAUCUCCAUCGCGUUUAAUCGAAUCACAGCCAUCUCCGUCUCAAUCUCCAUUUUCUUCGCAUGUAAUCGCAUCAACGGAAACAAUAUCCGCUCCAAUCACCUGUACUUGUACGCCUUGCAUCAAUCUCACUUCGCCAAACCUCUACUGCAAACGUCUGUCUACUGAUUCCAACAUCACACUCCUACCCUGCGACAACGACUUCAUCACCAAUGACUGUAAGUCGUUUCAUGACCAAAGCAUUGUCCACGACUGGGAGAUAAGACACAGCGUAGCCUCAAUUUCCACAUUACCUGAUGUUUGAGUUUCUAGGACGAUCGCUCUGACCC